GGCCGGUGGAUGGGACUAUGACAGUCAGCUUCUUUAGGGGAUGAACUUUGCUUGUCCCUGAGCUUCACUCCAACUGGAGGAGCUGUGUGACGGAGUGACUCCUGGGAAGAGAGACUAUUAGCAAUAAGAUGGCAGAGAAGUCUCAAGGAGACCAGGAAAAGAGCAGGAGAGACAUCCUGAGGUCCACCAAGAGGACAUGGGCUCCCCUGGAUGAGCAGCUGCCCCCUGGCUCUGAGGAGGAGAGCCACAGUCUCACCACGCCCAUGCUGGAAGAUUCCAAACAAGAAAGUAUUCCGCACUGGCUGGACUCUGGAUUCUUUGUCUCUGUAAAUGAAAACCUUCAGCCAGUCAUCAGCCACAUUGUUCCUUUUCAUGAACAAGGAAAGGUUCAAAUGACUGUGAAAGACUACACGAGAUCUCUGCAUCAGUUUUUAGAAACUCCCACUCUCUCCAGAGGGACCAGUUUCAACUCUUGCCAUUCUGCUGCAAGUAUACCACAAAGCAUUCCUGAAUGGCUGGAAUUUUGGGAAAAAGAUCCAGUGGAGAUUCUCUUGGAUCUGGGGUUUGGUGCUGACGAGCCAGACAUCUACACACGAAUCCCAGCCAGAUUCCUGGGUUGUGGCUCAGCAGCCAGAGGAAUCAACAUCCGUGUUUUUCUUGAAGCUCAAAAACAGCGAAUGGACAUUGAGAACACUAACUUGUACAGCCGUUUCUAACAGCUGGAAAUAUUGGAUCAUGUGGCCAGUGCUUUCUCAUCUUUGCUGAAUGAUGUCAGCAUCCUGCAGAACAAAGCUGAAGAGGAAGAUGAAGGAAAAAGUGUGCAAAGAACCUCAGUGAGUGAAGCCAAGGAGCAUCGAAGAAGAAUGGGUGAACUUUUGGGGAAUGGUUCAAAGCAGAACACUAGAAGGGAUGAUAGGCUGGGAGCAUCACAGUCAUUGAAGAUGAGAAACAAAUUUUCCAUCGUCUCUGCAGAAGCAGGGUGUGGAGCAGUUGCCAUGACAAACAAACACGACCAAAGUCAUUUGUCUCUUUCAGCAGAGCACUGGUCUCUUCAAGCCUGUGAUGACUUGACACCUUGUGAUCCUCCCCAAGCUCUUCUGAGCAAGCAGUGACCUCACUCAUCCAUGCUGGCCAAGCAGGCUCCGCCUUCCUGUGUGUCUGAGGGGUCAGUCAAGGACAGAACUCAAAAGGAGAACUCACUUCAGACUAACAAACUCAAGAGCUUGUCUUGUCUUGCAGGCAAAGCACCAGACUCCUUCGAAAUGGAAGAGGUCCAGAGCUUUGAAGAAGAGGCUGGUAAUCCUCUUGACAUGACCUCAGGAACUGUAGGUAAGAAUUCAUCAAGAGCAAACAGCUGCCAGGCUGACAGCAGCGGGUUCCUGGAGGAACCACCACCCCUGCAGAUACCCUGCUUGUCAAGCUACCAGAGUCCUGCUGAGAAUGGAUAUAGAAAGCCAAGGAAUCAGAGCCACAGCUUACAGUCAUCCCAGGACUGUCAGCAAGAGUCACAGGAGUCUGAUUCCAAGAGCAUAGUGAGGACAUCUUUUUCAAGUCAAGACUGGAGUGUCUUAGAAGAAAAAGCCUCAACCUCUGUGGUAGAGAAAGAGUCUCAGUCUGAGGCCAUGGACGGGCCCCCAGAGCUGUUGACCCAAGAUCUGGCCCUUGAUAAGACCACCCCUAGGGGAGAACCCCCAAGGAAAAACAGCCAUCUGUGGCAGCAUCCGCCUGUGCCCCAGACUGAAAAUGAGGCCACUGUAGGCACGGUUACCUCCAAUGAUUGCCCUCUGGGUCUCAUGGUGAUGCACAUCACAGAAGUGAAGGAUGGGUUCCUGAGGCCUGAGCGAGCUGGGGCAGUAUAUGUGCAAAGCCACCACUGUGAGUCUCAGAGGUCACCUGGAAUUCAUUGUGCUCAAGACAAGUCCUUUCAUGUUGACUCGGAGGCCCCAAGGGAACAGAAGGCGGUAAACGCUGUUAGCUCCAAGUCCGUGACAAUCCAGAUGUUCUCCAAACUGGCAACAGCUGCUCAGAGUGCUGUGGUCUUGGGAAUGGAUUCUAGAGAAGCAACUUCAGAAUGCACUACGUGUGACCCUGUUACCACGGCAGAACCAGGACUGGGAACAGAAUGCACAGUCCAUGAGAUGGAAAAAAUGAAGACGGUAUGCCAGAGUUUCUGGAAGCAUUUAGAAGAAAUUGAGCAGCACCUUAGAGAACAACAGGUACCCUUUUCCAGGGACAUGUCAGAGGAGAAAAGGGAGGAGGCUGAACAACUGCAAACUUUACGCGAAGCCCUGCAGCAGGAGUUGGAGGAGCUAGAGUUUCAACUAGGAGACCAGGCUCAGCAAAUUCGAGAAGGGAUGCCAUUGCAGCUUGAGCUUCUCACAGGGGAACCACCUGAACACUACACAAAUCUGCAUCAGUAUAACUGGACCGAAGAAAAGAAUGGCCAGACUUCAUGUGCUAAGAUCCACCCCUCCAUGGCCCCUGGGGCUGCCUUUCCUCCAUCCACCUUGGGGAGUAGCACCAGGAUGUCUCCUCCAGCCUGGGCAGAAUCAGAUCCAGCCUCUCUGUCAAAUUGUCCUAUUGGAGAAAAGGAUACAGAUGUCUUCCUCUAG